GCGCGAUGGAGCUCAUGUGUUAUAGAUAGCUUCGACUUGGAGUCUUGAACACAACGGCAAGCAUGCAUAUAUGCCUCCGCAACACUCUCUAGCUACGCUUUUCCUUCAGCGUAGCUGCUGCCUGCUGGUGAUACAGCUCGGAAGCUUAGCAGGAUUCAGGGGCGCUUUGCGGUUGAUCUUCUUGCUGGUUCAAUCAAGUCAAUUUGUUGCAUUUCUGCAUCAGGCCUUUAAUAAUGGCUGAAGGGCCGUUGGACUUCUGGAUUAACUGGGGGAGCCAGAUCGGGGUUCUCUUGAGCCUCGCCUUCCAGGUCAUCCUCCAUCUCUUCGCCAAUGUACGUCGGCGUAGUAGCUCAGCUAUGCUGAGGGUUCCCCUCUGGCUGGCAUACCAGCUGUCGGACAUGACCGCGAUAUAUGCUGCCGGCCAGCUCCUAUACAGCAGCAACACACCGCAAGACCACCAGCUCAUUGCCUUGUGGGCGCCAUUCCUCCUGCUGCACCUUGGUGGCCCGGACAACAUCACCGCCUAUGCCCUCGAGGAUAGCAAGCUUUGGAAGCGUCACUUGCUGAUCCUUGCGGUGCAGGUUGCGGGAGCCGGAUAUGUCCUCUAUAAGUACAUCGCCGGCAGCGGGAUCUUGCUCACACUGGCUGCCAUCUUGAUACUCGUUAUUGGUGUUGCAAAGUAUGGGGAGAGGACAUGGGCACUCCGGGCGGCCAACUUCAGCAUUCUUCAGAGCUCAAUCAAGGCAACAAAAGAAAAAAGCAAAACAAAGAGCUCUCUGAUGACAAGCAAAGAAGAAACCAAAUCAAAGAGCUCUCUCAAGGUACCAAGACGUGACCAAUAUUUUUAUCAAGAAUGGUACAACGACUUGCCAGACGAGCUCAUCCUACAGCGUGCUCAUUCUCUUUUUCAUAUUUGCAAGCGUGGGAUAGUUGAUUCAGUGGUCGAGAUAGAUGUCGCAGGUACCCCGAGUAAGGUAACAAUCCAGGAACUUAAGAAUGACCAUGAGAAAAUGUGGAGGGUGAUGGAGAUGGAACUCUCCCUCAUGUAUGAUAUUCUGUACACCAAGGCAAACGUGAUCCACUCUUGGUUUGGCUACUGCAUCCGUACCAUCUCGCCGCUCACUGUCAUUGCCUCACUCAUGUUGUUCAGGUUGAGCAACAAAGAUGGUUACAGCCGAGUUGACAUUGCCAUCACGUACACCUUGUUGGGUGGUGCCUUGGUCCUAGAGACGAAAUCGCUCCUCGGUGCACUAGGGUCGAGCUGGGCGCUUGGCUUCUUGUGCGCCACACGAUUGGAUUGGCUCCGGCAUUCAUCUCUGUGCACCGGAAGAUGGUAUCGGUUACGGCGCACACUUCUUUCUCUUCGCAGGUCCUGGCCUGGCAAGAUGAUUAUGACAGGAGGCUCAAGGAGGUGGUCAGGCAUCAUAGGUCAGCAUAACAUGUUGCGGUUUCGUGCUGGACAGGUGGAUCCUAUGAGUCGCCGACUCGAAAAUCUGUUCAUGGUGCUUGGACUCGGUGAGUGGUGGGAUAGGAGGUACUACUCGUGCACUGUCGUUGUCCCGAAGAAUGUCAUGAAGUGUGCACAGAAGGUGGGCAGGUGGUCACAAGAUGAUAUAAACACAAUGGGCGUGCUCAGGCAUAAAUGGGGUGAAGCAGCACUGGAUAACAGAGUGUACCAUGAGCUGUACAAGGAAUUGGAAAAGUAUCACGGAGUUGAAUUCCAUGAGAGCAUCAUCUGCUGGCACAUUGCCACCGAUUUGAUCCUCGCAAGGGUGGAAAAGGAAAAGGGACAUUUUGCAGCUGAUAGCAGUGCGCAGAUAGUCAGGGCACUGUCCAACUACAUGAUGUUCCUCCUCGUGAACAGCCCCUACAUGCUACCAGGCCUUCCUCAAAAUUGGCUGUACAAGCAAACCUGCAACAAUCUGGACAAGAUAUGCGAUGACUAUAAUCUUGUCGGCUCUCUGGGCGACAACUUGUGGACUGUGCUCAAGAAAUUGCUCGGAUUGCAUCAUCACAGGGUAUUGGAAUCUUCUGGGCUUGAGAAGAAGCUCGCUGACGUCAUACUGGAGUUACCGAAGGGACAUGCAGGCUCUGGCUCUGAAACUCCUCGACUCUUGUAUGCACGCCGUAUUGCUGUUCUAAUACUUGAGAGUGAGGUAGUAGAUGAUAAGGUGCGUCUGCUGCUAGAUCUGUGGAUCGACUUCCUAGCCUACGCAGCCAACCGGUGCAUUAGGGAGUCACAUGCCAAGAAGCUUAGCACCGGUGGUGAGCUCAUGACCAUCGUGUGGCUUAUUUUGGAACACCUCCGCUAUUUAAAAGAAGACCCAAACAAGGAGGGAAGCCAUGUAUAAUUCGGUGAAUCGACAAAGAAGGCACAAUAAAGGGCCAGGACCAUGCGUAGUUUCACUCUACUGAUGUGUUCUGUGCUCCAGAAAUAUUUUCACUUUUUGUAGUAUGUAUCUUGUAAGCAUCUCUCUCUUCAAUUCAGCAUCCAACUUUAGUUGUUACCUUGUUUGUGUCUUCUUAUGGAGAAUACUUUGGAGCACAAAACGCCCAUCAGCGUCUUAGUUAGGAGCAAUGAUUCAGUGAACAAAUUGUGUUGGGUAUCUGUACAGGGUUUUUGACGGAGCGAUGAUCCGCGACCAAAACUAUGAAGAAGUUCAAAAAUGGAUUCAGGUCCCUAGGUCCGAGCUGU